AUGCCAUCGCAACAGAACAGGGGCCCCGAGCUCCUCGGCGUGCAGGCGGCAUUUCUCGCGGCAGCCUGGAUUGCCACAAGUCUUCGACUAUACGUGAAAAUAGCCCUCACGAAGAGCCAUACAGUCGACGAUGGCGUUAUGUAUCUUUCAACCGUCAUGUACACCGUUUACGCAGCCGCCGCCGUCCACGGUAUUAUCAACGGCGGCAUAGGCCGACAUACCUCAGAUCUGGACCCAGACAGCAUUGUUAUAGCGCUCAAGGUCUGGUACAUGUGCGAGAUUCUUUACGCCUUCAUAUCCGCCCUCAUCCGGACCUCGAUCUGCCUCUUCCUCCUCCGCAUCUUCAACCGCGGGACAAACAAGCUGGCUAAGAAGAUGCUGCAAGCCAACAUCGCCUUGGUCUGGGUCUCGUCUUUGGUUUACCUCUUCAUAGUCGUCUUCCAGUGCAACCCGCCCAACUAUUACUGGGGCAAGUUCGAAGGACUCCAGGGCAGCUGUCGCCCUGCCCAUCUCGUGCCGAACGCAACAGUCGCCCACAGUGUUAUUGCCGCUUUGAGCGACUGGGUGAUUGGCAUACUACCUAUGUCGAUUCUUUGG